AUGGCGGACGCCAAGCUCUUCACACGCGGAAAGAUUCAGGAUCUGCGAGACGAGCUCCGCAAUGCCGGCGACAAGAAAGAUAAGGGGUUCGCGAGGAAGAAGACGGCCCUCAAGAAGAUCGUGGCGAACAUGACCAUGGGGAAUGACAUGUCCCCAUUGUUUCCUGAUAUGAUCCAGUGCAUGCAGAUCCAAGUGCUCGAGAUCAAGAAGAUGGUCUACCUCUACCUCGUCAACUACGGACGGUCACGGCCAGAAGACGUCGCACACGCCAUCGGCGGCUUCCUCUCAGACUGCGCGGACCGUAACCCCCUCAUCCGUGGUCUGGCAAUCCGGACCAUGAGCUCGAUCCCGUUACCCACGAUAAUCCAGGCGCUUGUCGAACCACUCCGGCACGCCCUUGAGGACCAGGACCCCUACGUUCGCAAGACGGCCGCCAUUGCCGUCGCCAAGUUGUACGCGUCCGACUUCGGGAAGAAGACGGUCGCAAAGGAGAACUUUGUCGCCAUGCUGCGCGACAUGUUAGCUGACCACAACCCGACGGUCGUUGCCAAUGCCGUCGCGGCACUCGUGGAGAUCUCGGAGCGCAGCUCGGACAUCAGCCUACGCCUGAACGCCACCGUGGCGGGCAAGCUCGUGGCCGCGCUGGGCGAGUGCUCCGAAUGGGGCCAGAUAUACAUCCUCGACUCUCUGCUGUCGUUUGUGCCGCAGUCGUCGCUCGACGCCGAGACGCUCGCCGAGCGUAUCUCUGUCCGACUGCAACACGCCAAUAGUGCAGUUGUGCUCACGACCAUCAAGGUCAUCCUUUACCUCAUGAACUACAUGGAGGAUGAGUCGCUGAUCAGCAUGCUCGAGCGCAAGAUGGGCCCGCCGCUCGUGACCUUGUUAUCGUCCGGGCCAGAGGUGCAAUACGUCGGCCUGCGCAACAUCCUGCUCAUCAUCCAGAGGCGACCGGCGAUCCUGCAGAACGAAGUCAAGGUCUUCUUCUGCAAGUACAACGACCCCAUCUACGUCAAACUCGCCAAGCUCGAGAUCAUGUACCGCUUGAGCCGCGAGGACAACGUCAGCGAGGUGCUGACCGAGUUGAAAGAGUACGCUUCCGAGGUCGACGUAGACUUUGUGCGCAAAGCGGUGCGCUCGAUCGGGCGACUGGCGAUCAAGAUUGACAACGCAGCUGACCAGUGUGUCAUGGUGCUCCUCGAGCUCAUGAAGACCAAGAUCAGCUACGUCGUGCAGGAGGCGAUUGUGGUGAUCAAGGAUAUCUUCCGUCGCUACCCCAACAAGUACGAGCGCGUGAUCGCGGUGCUGUGUGAGAACCUCGAUGUGUUGGACGAGUCGGAAGCCAAGGCUUCCAUGAUCUGGAUCGUGGGACAAUAUGCCGACCGCAUAGAGAACUCGGACGAGCUUCUCGAGGACUUUAUGUUCACCUUCAAGGAGGAGAGCGCCGAAGUGCAGCUUGCACUCCUCACCGCGACAGUGAAGCUGUUCAUCCGCCGCCCGACCGCCGCACAGGAACUCCUCCCCCGCAUUCUCAAACUCGCUACCGAGGAGGCUGAGAACCCAGACCUGCGGGAUCGCGGAUUCAUGUACUGGCGCCUCCUCACGACCAACCCGACGGCGGCACGUGACAUUGUCCUCUCCGAUAAGCCUGUCAUCUCGACUGAGACAGACCGCAUGGACAAGGGCACGCUCGACCAGCUCCUCCUGCACACGGGCACCCUGGGGAGCAUCUACCACAAGAACCCCGAGACGUUCAUCCGUACCGCCAAGCCGCGUUACCUCCCGGACUCGCCAGCGCUCAACUCUAGCUCGCGCAGACAUCUCGUGCAGGCGACGACUCUGUUCAACCCACGCCCAACGCCGGCCGUUCCCGCGCGCCCUGCUCCUGCCCCCAACGCCGCACCCGCAAACACCAACGGAAACGGCAGCGAGGACACGCCGACACCGCCCCCAGCAAGCAGCGACCCUUACGCGCAGCUGGCGGACCUUGACCUCCUUGGCGGGGGCGACUACCAGUCGGACGUUCCGCGCCCCCGCGGCGCCGCAGAGGACCUCUUGAUCUAA